AUGUCGGAUCUGGUCGCUGUAUUUGCAUCUGUCCUUAAUGCUCUUGCUAAGCUUGAUAACGAUCACCUCAGUAAGGUUGGAAAAAUAGUGGCACUCGAAGGAUUUCAUGGAACUAUCCUUGAAAUUCAGAAAAUGGUGAAGAACGUUGAGACAUCAAGCUUGAGCGUUUCUUUAUUUGACGAUGAAGAUACGAAUGAUAAGGUAAAGCCAACAUCUUCUAUCGAGGAAGAAGACUACUUGAACCCUGAUGUGCAAUUUAUUUUGGACUUGAUUCGAUUUACAUGUGAAAUGCUUGCGAAAGGAAUUCCCCAGCGGAAAAAUUCUGAAAGAGACAUAGAUGUCUUCAUCAAACGGCACCUAUUUUCGUGUUUUGACAAUAUUCUAGACAGUCACUUCGGGGAGAUGGUAUCAAGGGCCUCUCGAGAUCGUCGAGCUGGAGCAAUGGAUGCUCCAGAAACAGCAGAGGGCUAUCAUUUGGACUGGAUGUUUACGAAACAUGAUCUAGAAAAAGAUUUGCCGUAUGGUCGCGAAUUUUCACUUUGCGAGCGCACCGGCUCUAGAAUUGAAAACGAAAGAAAGAUCCUUUCGAAUACCUUAAAGGCUCAGAAGACGUUAAGAGACAUGCAUAGAACUCUAGUUGAAGCUAUAUCAGUUGAAGGCGGAGGAAUGCUGUCAAAACAAGUAUUGAGAGCUACCACCAAGCUUCUUAUGCCUGGAUUCUUAUCUCAUUGUUUUUUUAUUCGCGCCUUCCUAGUUGUUUAUAUAGGAGGUGGAUUUUAUUCAUCAAUAAUUUUGGCGGACUUUGAUAUUCCAUCGACAUAUUCGGAACUUGGGACUAUCAUCAAGGUUUCGCGCAUUAUGCUUCGGGUUAAGAAACUGUUGAAUCUUACGGUUUGCCGUUUCAAGCUUAUGAAGGAAAGGGCUUUUAAUGAAAAAUUCGCUAGUGGAAAAGUGUUAGUGAAUGCCCGAUCACAGGAAAACGAAAAAGGAAAAAUAAGAUUAUCGUAG